AUGAAUGUAUCGCAAAUCUCCCAGCAGCUUUUACCCGCGCCCAAAAGAUUCCCAGACUGCUGCUUGGCCAUCUCCAGCACUUUGAUCACCUACCUUGCUUCGCUCCUCCCAAAAAAACCCAAAUUCACCGUCUCAGUCGGCAGCGGAUCUGGUCUCCUCGAAGGUCUCAUCAUGCAUUGCGAUACCAAUUUGUUAGUGGAAGGCGUUGAGGUAGACUCAACUAUUAAUCGGUACAUUGCCGAAGAAGACAUGAAUACCGUUGGCGGAGGUUGGGGCCUUUGGUCUGCCGCUCAACAGGCUGCAACGUGGAUGUUUGUCUACCCACGCGACCCAAAACUCAUCACCAAAUAUAUUGACACCUAUGGUGAUCAAAAUGUCGAUUUCAUUGUCUGGCUCGGGCCUCGGGUCGAUUGGCCAGAUUAUGAGCCGCGUUUCUGUCAAUCUCCGUUCUCCGAGUUGAGUUUUCCAGAUCAUAUUGGACUAACACCAUAUGAGACUAUGGCUGUUGCUAGAAGGCCAUGUUAA